AUGUCCACCGAGCCGUCCCCUCGUGCUGUGAGAUUCUCCAACGGAGACGACGAAUUGCGCCCAGAAAAGAUCAUGCCUCAUCGUCCCCUGCCCAUCGCCGUCGACUCGGACAACUCUGCCUCGUCUGCCGAUUCCCAUCCCGACGACCCGCACGCACUCGAACGCCAGGAUGAAGUCGGUUCCCUUGCCAGGUACUCCGAGGGCCACAUCGCCGGCUCCAUGACGAAUCUCGUCCAGGCUGCCGCGGCCAAUGGCGGCACCACCCGUAGUCUGCGAAGCAACGUCAGCGACGGCGACGUCGCGUACGCCAAUGGCACUACCACAACCAAAGUCCAACGGCCCAGCGCCCCCGCGAGGACGCCCUCCAACACGUACGCUCCGGCCGCCCACCGUAGGCCGCAGCCCGCUCCCUCCUUCAUCGAAUCGGUUCGAGCAUCAUCCAGGGGCCGCCCUCGCCCGAGCGAGAGGUUCCGCCAGCAGGAAAGGGCCUACGUCCAGAGGCUGCGCCAGGAUCACAACGAUGGCUAUCCGUUCGACGGCGGAUACGUGAACGGCAUAAACGGGAUGAGCCAGGGCGCCGAUUCCGACUCCGAAGGGGAGACGCCCUCGUCCGAGGGCCCCUUCGACGACAGGUACGACCAGGAGACCAUCAUGUUCUACGGCAACGACGACCUGCAACCGAGCGACGAAGAUCUGAAAGACCCCACCAACCGGGAACGACUGGAGUGGCAUGGCAUGUUGGAGGCCGUCCUGACCGGAGACGUCGUCAAGCAAGAAAAGAAGCGCUUGAUCGGAUCCAACGAGCAAGCAGUUGGCAAGAGUGGGCAAAAAGCGGAAUUAUGGCUGGGUAUUCGCUCAAAAGUAUGCGGGAGACAUCUCCCGGUGCAAAGAAGAAUGGUGGAAGAGGCACGCGCAACGUUGGACCGCACUCUGGACGAAAUCAUCAACUUCUCCGUCAAGGGCGAGAGCGAGGCUGGGAAGCCGCCAUACGAGCAGGUGAAGGAUGUGGUGAUGAAGCUCGACAAGGCCGAGGGCCUAUACCCCUCGUGGACCUCAUUGGCCGCCGAGCACCAAUCGGCCAGCUCUCCGCUCUUCCAAGAAGCAUCCGAAUCCAUCAUUGCGUGGUACAACACCAAUGAGCUCAUCAACACGGAGCUCGCCAUUCUCAAGAAGUGGGUUGGCAACGACGAGCUGGACUUCACGCGGACACGACAACGUUCACCCGUUGGCAACGGCAUCAGCGAUGAAUCGUCAUUCCUCGACCGACUGAUGAAGGAGGAUGGCCUGAGAUCACUCUACGACGAGGAGUUUGACGACGAGAAGAACAAGGAUGCUCACAAGGGCAUGUUGCCCGGCAUCUCGACCGUCAUCAACAAAUCCAAAGAGACGCUCAUUCGCAACUUCGCCGCUUUCCAGAAACGACAUCUCCCACCAUACAUUGAGGAGCUUCUGACGCUCAUCAGUUUUCCGUCCCGACUGAUUGAGGAGAUUAUCAAAGUAAGGCUCGCUUACGCUAAGAAGGUCAAGGAGUCUGCACAGCAGAACCCCAUGAUGCAAGACCAAAUGAUCUCCCAGUUUCAGUUGCUCCUGAAGCUGGCUAUCCGCAUCAAGCUGGAAUGCCUUGCCGUCACACAACCGGAACCCGGCUGGGAGCUCCCGCCCUGCAUCGACGAGUCCUUUGACCAGGUCGUGCUGGACGCUCUCAAAUACUACUUCAAGAUGCUCAACUGGAAGUUGAGCGGUAACAAAAACACCUUCAAGGAGGCCGAACUUUUGUUUGCGGAAUGGGACUUUGCCAACGAGAUUGGCAGUCACCUUCUGGGUGGAGACGUCGAGGUUGCUGAGCAGUUCAGUUCGCUGACAUUCAAGGCCAUCAACCGUCUCAGUGUUACCUUUGAGAAAGAGCUCCAGGUGAAGCCGAGAGAGAGCACCGCCGAGAUGAGCAAGAGAUACAAGCAGUGUUUGGACUCGGUCCGAGUGCGACAACGGAUGCUGCAACGUUUCUCCAAGAUGUUGAGCGAAAACUACGAGAACGCGUCCGACUUCAGCAUUGCAUUCACGCCGGAGAAGCUGCAGGAGUUCUACGACAGACUCAUCGUGUCGGGCCACUUCCAAGUCUUCACAGACCUUUACGAGCAAGAAGGCAUCUACAUCAUGGCAUCGCCUUCUCUGAUGGACAGACACGACGCGAUCCACUCCAUCCUGGGUCUCAGCUCGCCCGAACAGUUCGCAGAGGACCCCAGCGACCCGUAUCUCUUGAUCCUGCGGCCUGAAAGCAACCCUCACUGCUCUCGGUUCGGGAACGGAAUGUCGACUUGA